AUAAAGCGGGAUCAGCUGAUGGGAACUGAGUCACCUUUUCUUCCCGGAGAACAUGUAAAAAACGGCGAGCUAAGACGGAAAGACACCAAACCGGAUUGUUUUAUACUUUUCUGAUUUUAAAAGGACCCCGUUUCUGAGAGGAUCACCUGGAUCCGGAUUCAGCCUCUCGUCUCCUGUGACUCCAUGGCUGUUUAAGAUUUCCUCCUCCUCCUCGUCUCCCCCGCUGCUGCUACCAGAAGUGACGGAGGAGCUGAAAAUAAACCAGACUGAAGAUGUCCCCCGCUCUCCUCGCUCCUGUGAGGGAAACGGCCGUGCUGCAGGCCAACCCGGCCGCCGUCCCCGCUCUGGAGAUCAAACUGGGAGCACUGGCAGUGCUGCUGUCUGUCACUCUGCUGUUUGGCUUCACGCCGCUCUGCAUCGUCCGAGGAGCCGGCCGCUGCAGCGUGGACCCUGAAUUGCGGCGUAAGCUUCUCAGUCUCAUCAGCUGUUUUGCCGGUGGAGUGUUUUUGGCCACGUGCCUCCUCGACCUGCUGCCAGACUACCUGGAGAGCAUCAACCAGGCCUUCACCAACGCCGGGAUCACCCUCCAGUUUCCUCUGCCGGAGUUCAUCAUGGCCAUGGGUUUCUUCCUGGUGCUCGUCCUGGAGCAGAUUGUCCUCACUUUCAAGGACCAAUCAUCGGCAGCCUCCGAGGAGCGUCGGGCUUUGCUGGUCAACUCCAGCGUCCAGGCCAACGGUCAUCACCACUCCCACCCCCGCCGUGGAUCAGAGGAGUCCGACGGCGGCCACUUCCACUUGGACUUUAACUCCCAGUCGGCCCUGCGAGCCUUCAUCCUGGUCUUCUCUCUGUCGCUGCACUCUGUGUUCGAGGGUCUGGCAGUGGGCCUGGUGGAGGAGGGGAAGCAGGUGUUAGAGAUCUGCCUGGCUCUGAUGAUCCACAAGAGCAUCAUCUCCUUCAGCCUGUCCUUCAAGCUGUGUCAGAGCCGGCUGCGGCGCUCCGUGGUCGUCGGCUGUCUGCUGCUGUUCGCCGCCAUGUCCCCGCUGGGCAUCGGCGUGGGCAUCGGGCUCACGGAGACGCGGACAUCCGCGCAGCACCAGCUGGCCCGCUGCACGCUAGAGGGGCUGGCCGGGGGAACAUUCCUCUACAUCACCUUCAUGGAGAUCCUGCCACACGAGCUCAGCUCCUCCAAGAACCGCAUCCUCAAGGUCGCCAUGCUGCUGGUGGGCUUCGCUGUGGUCACCGGGGUACUUUUCAUCAAGCUGUAGCCAUGGAAACACAAACUUUAGAGGAAUGUACAGGCAUGAAGAUCUGAUGCUGUUUAUCAGAGAAAGGACCCCAGAGUUUAAUUCUGACAUUUGGGAAAAAAACACAAAUAUUUUCUAAAACACAAACAUGGUGACGUGGAGCUCUAGUGGAGCGUUCUGGUGAUGCUGGAAGAUGGAAAUUCAAAGAUGGAAGACCUCUUACUCAGAAGUAUCCACUAGAAACCUGCAACAGGUUCAUCUCAGUUUUAAUGUCAUUCCCAGCUCUGACAUUUGACCUCUAUGACGGCAUAUAAGUGCCACUUUAAGAAAUAAAACAACUUGAUAUUUUGUAGAAAUAAUCUCUAGAUUUUUAAGUUAAAAGUGCUAAAUUUACAACAAACCAAAGUCAGGAUUUUUUGGUUUUAAGAGUCGAUAAUUUACGAGAUAAUAAACUUAAAAUGAUCAAGUUUAAAAUUUAUAAAUGUUGACUUUAAAAACUUGAAAAUUUCAGGUUUGUAAAGCUGUAAAUUACCGACGUGAGAAAGUCUUAAAUUUACAAGAAACCAAACUGAAAACAGAGGCGUGUUUUUACUGAUCAGCCCCAGUAAAAAGUUUAGUUUUAUUAGUCGUUCAGCUGCAGGACUUGGCCGAGGAAACGUCCUCAUCCAGUACGAUUUCCAGGGCUAAACGGCAGGGAAAAUAAUCUGAUUGAGAUUUUUUUCCCCAACAUUGCAAUUGCAAUUUCAUAUGUGAUUAAGUUUGAGUUCCUCCUCAAACAUGAACAAUAAAUCCAUCCAUCCAUUUUCUUCCACUUAUCCGGGGUCAGCAGGCUAAGCAAGUCAACCCAGACAUCUCUCCCUCAGCAACAUUUUCCAGCUCCUCCUGGGAGAUUCCCAGGCGUUCCCA